UGACGCAUCCACACAUUUCCGCUUUCUUUCUGCAGGAGGCACCGUUUGCUUCUGGGCCCGGGGGCGCGGUGGAUCUUGACCUUUGCCCCGGCCGCGUCGUGGGGACCCAGCACCUCUCCCCGCACCUGCUUCCUCCCACAGAACCCGUUUCCGGCUUCCGAGCCUCCGGCGAGAUGUUACUGUUGCUGCUGCUGCUGCCCGUGUGCUGGGCCGUGGAGGUCAAGCGGCCCCGGGGCGUCUCCCUGACCAACCAUCACUUCUACGACGAGUCCAAGCCUUUCACUUGCCUGGAUGGCUCGGCCACCAUCUCCUUUGAUCAGGUCAACGAUGACUACUGUGACUGCAAGGAUGGCUCGGAUGAGCCCGGCACAGCUGCCUGUCCUAACGGCAGCUUCCACUGCACCAACACUGGCUACAAGCCCCUGUACAUCCCCUCCAGAUGGGUCAACGAUGGAGUUUGCGAUUGUUGUGAUGGGACCGACGAGUACAACAGCGGGACCGUCUGUGAGAACACCUGCAAAGAGAAGGGCCGGAAGGAGAGAGAGACCCUGCAGCAGAUGGCAGAAGUUACCCGCGAGGGCUUCCGCCUGAAGAAGAUCCUGAUUGAGGACUGGAAGAAGGCCAGGGAAGAGAAGCAGAAAAAGCUCCUCGAGCUACAGGACGGAAAGAAAUCCCUGGAGGACCAGGUGGAGAUGCUGCGGACGGUGAAGGAGGAGGCCGAGAAGCCAGAGAAGGAGGCCAAAGACCAGCACCGGAAGCUGUGGGAAGAGCAGCAGGCCGCCUCCAAGGCCCAGCGGGAGCAGGAGCUGGCGGCCGACGCCUUCCAGGAGCUGGACGACGACAUGGAUGGGGCGGUCUCGGUGACUGAGCUGCAGACACACCCGGAGCUGGACACGGAUGGGGAUGGGGCGCUGUCAGAAGGGGAGGCCCAGGCCCUCCUCGGGGGAGACGCGCAGACGGAUGCCGCCGCCUUCUAUGACCGCGUCUGGGCUGCCAUCAGGGACAAGUACCGGUCCGAGGCGCUGCCCACUGAGCCACCGGCGCCUUCCACACCUGAGCUGAUGGAGCCCGAGGAGGAGCAGCCCCCGGUGCCCUUGCCGCCCACGGAGGACGAGGAAGACGAAGAGGACGAGGAAGAGGAGGAGGAGGAGGAGGAGGAGGAUACCCAGGGGCAGGGGGAGCAGCCCAAGGAGGCCCCGCCCCCACUGGUGCCCCCCCAGGCGGCCAGCCCCAGCGAGGAGGACACGAUGCCACCCUACGACGAGCAGACGCAGGCCUUCAUCAAUGCCGCCCAGGAGGCCCGCAGCAAGUUUGAGGAGGCCGAGCGGUCCCUGCGGGAAAUGGAGGAGUCUAUCAGGAACCUGGAGCAGGAGAUCUCCUUCGAUUUUGGCCCCGACGGGGAGUUUGCCUACCUGUACAGCCAGUGCUACGAGCUGGCCACCAACGAGUACGUCUACCGGCUCUGUCCCUUCAAGCUGGUUUCCCAGAAACCCAAGCUAGGCGGCUCCCCCACCAACCUCGGCACCUGGGGCUCGUGGGCUGGCCCCGAGCACGACAAGUUCAGCGCCAUGAAGUACGAUCAGGGCACGGGCUGCUGGCAGGGCCCCAAUCGCUCCACCACCGUGCGCCUGCUGUGCGGGAAGGAGACGGCGGUGACCAGCACUACGGAGCCCAGUCGCUGCGAGUACCUCAUGGAGCUGACGACACCGGCUGCCUGCCCAGAGCCGCCACCCGAACCACCUGCCGACGGCGACCACGACGAGCUCUAGCCCUGCCCCGAGCAGAGGUGGG